GCGGCAGUGGCGGUCCCACUGGCAGGCGGGCAAGAGGGGAGUCCGGGCGGCGUCCGGCGUGGGAGCCGGGGGACCACCAUGGUGAAGAAGCGGAAAGGCCGGGUGGUGAUCGACUCGGACACAGAAGACAGCGGCAGCGAUGAGAACUUGGAUCAGGAGCUCUUGUCCCUGGCAAAGCGGAAGCGUAGUGAUUCUGAGGAGAAGGAGCCCCCUGUGAGUCAGCCUGCAGCCUCUUCAGACUCUGAAACGUCUGACAGUGAUGAUGAGUGGACAUUUGGGAACAAUAAAAAUAAGAAGAAAGGAAAGGCAAGGAAAAUAGAGAAGAAAGGAACUAUGAAGAAACAGACCAACAAAACUGCUUCUUCAGGCAGUUCUGAUAAAGACAGCUCAGCUGAGAGCUCAGCCCCUGAGGAAGGUGAAGUGUCAGAUUCUGACAGCAACAGCUCCUCUUCCAGUUCAGAUUCAGACUCUUCGUCAGAAGAUGAAGAGUUCCAUGAUGGCUAUGGAGAAGACCUUAUGGGAGAUGAGGAAGACAGGGCCCGUCUAGAACAGAUGACAGAGAAGGAGAGAGAGCAAGAACUCUUCAAUCGUAUAGAGAAGAGAGAGGUGUUGAAAAGAAGAUUUGAGAUCAAGAAAAAACUAAAAACAGCCAAAAAGAAAGAAAAGAAAGAAAAAAAGAAAAAGCAAGAAGAAGAACAGGAAAAGAAAAAGCUGACACAGAUUCAAGAAUCUCAGGUAACAUCCCACAACAAGGAACGGCGUUCCAAGCGGGAUGAGAAACUAGAUAAGAAAUCUCAAGCCAUGGAGGAGCUAAAAGCAGAACGAGAAAAACGAAAGAACAGAACAGCUGAGCUCCUCGCCAAAAAACAGCCAUUAAAAACCAGUGAAGUAUACUCUGACGAUGAGGAAGAGGAAGAGGAUGACAAGUCCAGUGAAAAGUCAGACCGCUCAUCUCGAACAUCUUCAUCUGAUGAGGAAGAAGAGAAAGAAGAGAUUCCUCCAAAGUCACAACCUGUCUCCCUACCUGACGAAUUGAAUCGGGUUCGAUUAUCACGGCAUAAAUUGGAACGCUGGUGUCACAUGCCCUUCUUUGCUAAAACUGUCACAGGAUGUUUUGUGCGGAUUGGCAUUGGAAACCACAAUAGCAAGCCAGUUUACCGGGUUGCUGAGAUAACGGGUGUUGUAGAAACUGCCAAAGUUUACCAGCUGGGAGGCACCAGGACAAACAAAGGGCUACAGCUACGGCAUGGCAAUGACCAACGAGUGUUCCGCCUAGAAUUUGUCUCAAACCAAGAAUUCACUGAAAGCGAAUUCAUGAAGUGGAAAGAAGCUAUGUUCUCUGCUGGCAUGCAGCUGCCUACCCUAGAUGAAAUCAAUAAGAAAGAAUUAUCUAUUAAAGAAGCUCUUAAUUAUAAAUUCAAUGACCAGGAUAUUGAAGAGAUUGUAAAAGAGAAAGAAAGGUUCAGAAAAGCUCCACCCAACUAUGCUAUGAAGAAGACUCAGCUGCUAAAGGAAAAGGCCAUGGCCGAGGACCAGGGAGAUCAAGACAAGGCCAAGCAAAUCCAAGACCAGCUGAAUGAGCUGGAGGAGCGGGCAGAGGCAUUGGACCGCCAGCGGACCAAGAACAUAUCUGCUAUCAGUUAUAUCAACCAACGGAACCGGGAAUGGAACAUUGUGGAGUCUGAGAAGGCCCUUGUGGCUGAAAGUCACAACAUGAAAAACCAGCAGAUGGAUCCCUUUACUAGGCGACAGUGCAAACCUACCAUCGUUUCUAAUUCCAGAGACCCAGCUGUUCAAGCUGCCAUCUUGGCCCAGCUGAAUGCAAAAUAUGGUUCUGGAGUAUUACCAGAUGCGCCAAAGGAAAUGAGCAAGGGUCAGGGAAAGGACAAAGAUUUGAAUUCUAAGUCAGCCAGUGACCUCUCAGAAGACUUGUUCAAAGUACAUGAUUUUGAUGUGAAGAUUGAUUUACAAGUUCCCAGCUCAGAGUCAAAGGCUUUGGCCAUCACCUCCAAGGCUCCACCAGCCAAGGAUGGGGCUCCAAGGAGAUCUCUGAACUUGGAAGACUACAAAAAACGGCGGGGGCUUAUUUGAGAACACCCAGCCUGCUGCUUCUGACCCUGCAUGCCCCAUCACAGUGCCCACCUUUCCUCUUUUCCUUUGAUUUGCCCUCUUCGGGCUGGAGCAGCAGUAGAACUGGGAAGAGACUCACAACUGCCAGUCAUCUGUAAUAUAAACCAUUUACUGUAUAGACCUCCCUUGUCUGCACAUCCACCAACCCCAGGCAGGGUCUGCCCAGAGUGGACCUAGGCUCUUGGGUUUUAUCCAUGUCUUUAGAUUUGUGUUUGCCUUUUUUUCCCCCCAAACCAGCACAGUUCAUUGGCCACUCUGCACGCAUUCAGUAUUACCAUGGAGCUGGGAUUCUUGCUGGAGCCCCUGGUGGCAAUAGCAGCAGCACUGGGCAAACUCCUCUAUGGACUGCCUUGCACCCAACCAUUGAACAUUUGACACCUGACCUUUGUGGAGGGAGUGGGGACUGGGCACCUGCAGUCCUCCUCCCUCUCUCCUCAUUUUUCUCUUCUUCCCAUCUCUGUGGAAGAGAGGUUUUCAAAACCAAUUUAGUUUCCCAAAAGUGUACAUUUAUGGGGAGGGAGGGGGGGUCUAUUGAGAGAGAGCGUGCGCGUGUGUGUGUUGUGUGUGUGUGUCUAUGUGUGGAUUUUUUUAUCAUUUUUUUAAAAUGCAGUACUCUUUGUAUCUAACAGUCUGUCAUGGGUCUAGCUGUUUCAGAUUUUUUUCAGCUGUACUUGAGCAUCUGAAACUGCAAGAAAGAAACUCAUUAAAUGUGAUUCUUCUUACUAAACAGGCCUGACUGCUGUAGCUGUGUAACUUCCCCUUCCCAACACCUCCCCAACACCUCACCUUGGAGAAAACUCCCCAGUUUGGCCUUUGCCCCGGUAGGCAAGGGAGGAAAGCCCACGGCCAGGUACCAGGGAAGGCAGUGCAGGUGUCUCGCUGUCCCAUGGGGACCAGGGCCCUAAGCUUCCAGCUGAACGCAGAGUGUACCUUUUCCCUAUCCUAUAUACUUGUUUUUUCCUAGUGAUUCUGUUUUGUUGCUUCAGCAAGAAUACUGUUUUGUUCUUAAGAGAAAGUAUUCAACGUGAAUGUGGAGAGAACGAACACAAAAGAUAGGUUGCAGAUGUUAUAAGCAUGUGCAGUUUUGUGUGUGUGUGUAUGUGUGUGUGUGUGUAUAUAUAUGGUAAGCAUAUAUAUUGUCGUGCAGCUAGGGUGAAACCAGCAAAGAAGUGCGUAUGUCUUUAUGAAAUGUUUAAAAAGAGAUAAGCGGACUGCUUGAUAAUCAUUCUCAGGUGUAAAGCUCCAAGUGUAAAUAAAAGUGGCAUUUAACAAAUCUUUUCAGAACAAAGUACAGCUGACUAUAUAUAUCAAGAACUGAGGUAAAGAAACAGCUGAGAGCUGCUAAUUCCCAAAAGAGGGAGAGAAAUCUGAAUACUUUGCUUUGUACUUCACCCUACUUUUCUGUAAGGAAGGGGGAAGAUGGGAAUCAUGGAGUUAAGUUGUAUUUAAACAUAAAAAUGAAGGUGGUAACUCUUCUGGGUUUAGUAGAACCUCAGUGUUGCUUUAACUUAGUUUACACUUUUUUAUUUAAAAAUAAAGCAGCAAUGGAUGGUUUUUUAAAAGUAUUGUGAUUGUAAAAUUGAUAAAUAUGACUGUAACACAGCUAUGCAGUAGCUGUGACACAGUUCAGUUGGGCAAAGGAGUGGUGAUGGACUUGUUAAAUCAUACAUACUUGAAUAGUCCAUUAACCAAACUCUUUAUAGAUUAUUAUGUAAAUGUGGAAUCACAGAUUGUUAAACAUUGUCUGGACUCUGGCAGAGUCCCGGAGGCUGCUGGGACCUCUCCUAUCAUGACGAACUUGGACUUUUUUUCUUUAUUGUUUUAAAAGACAUGAAAUUAUAGAAUCCAUAUAAUUUGCUGGAAUCAUUCUGGUCCACCAUGUAGAUCUGUAUUUAGUAUCAUUUGGAUUUGGAGAAGUGUCGAUUACAUUAUGGCUGUGUAAUAAAAUUUUUAUUAA